GCGGUGGCGGCGGGAGCGGAGCGGGGAGUGGUUACCCACACCCGGGAGCUCAGUGGCUCCCUCCCAGCACCCCUGCCAUGGAGAAGUACCAUGUCCUGGAAAUGAUCGGUGAAGGCUCCUUUGGGCGCGUGUACAAGGGGCGGCGGAAACACAGCGCCCAGGUGGUGGCCUUGAAGUUCAUCCCCAAGGUGGGUCGGUCUGAGAAGGAGCUGAAGAACCUGCAGCGGGAAAUUGAGAUCAUGAGAGGCCUCCAUCAUCCUAACAUCAUCCAGAUGCUUGACAGCUUCGAGACUGACAAGGAGGUGGUGGUAGUGACUGACUAUGCAGAGGGGGAGCUCUUCCAGAUCCUGGAGGAUGAUGGGAGUUUGCCUGAGGACCAGGUCCAGACCAUAGCUGCUCAGCUCGUCUCAGCUCUCUAUUACCUGCACUCCCACCGCAUCCUGCACCGUGACAUGAAACCCCAGAACAUCCUGCUGGGCAAAGAUGGUGUCGUCAAGCUCUGUGACUUCGGGUUUGCCCGGGCCAUGAGCAUUCACACCAUGGUGCUGACCUCCAUCAAGGGCACCCCGCUCUACAUGUCUCCUGAGCUGGUGGAGGAGCAGCCAUAUGACCACACAGCAGACCUGUGGUCCAUGGGCUGCAUCCUGUAUGAGUUGUUUGUGGGUACCCCUCCCUUCUACACCAACAGCAUCUUCCAGCUUGUCAGCCUCAUUGUCAAGGACCCAGUCAAAUGGCCUGUGGCUAUAAGCCCAGUCUUCAAGAGCUUCCUGCAGGGACUGCUCAUGAAGGACCCCCGACAGCGCCUGUCAUGGCCAGAGCUGCUUUCUCACCCCUUCAUUGCUGGACAGGUUACUGUGACUGAUAACACAGAAGAGCAUGGGAUCUCAAACCCCUUCACCACCAAGCUGUCCCCAGAGCUGCAGGCCCUGAAGGAGCAGCAAGCCCAUUCCAUGGCCCCCAAGAGCGGCCAGUCAAGGAUCCUGAGAAAAGCCCAGCAGAAGAUGGUUGAGGAGGCACAGAAAAAGCAAAGUGGUGAAUCCACGAAGGAUUCUGGCAAAGAAUGCCCUGGGCAUAGACCCAGAGCAGCUCCAGAGAAGGCAGUCCUUGGUAAGAGGGAAGCAUCCAUUGCCUCCAAUAAGAAGAACGCUGGUGUCCUGCAAGGGAAGAUCAGCAUGGCAGAGUUGGAGGAGUCUCCUCCCAACCCACGGGAAGACAGCAUCACUCGAGACCAUAAGAGGGAGUUUCCUGGAGCAGGGGCCUCUCUGCAGCCUGGUGGGGGCAGGGCAGAGCCUCGGGGCAGGCGCAGCAUCGAGACAGUGGACCUGGAGAGUGAGGAGCUAGAGAGUGAUGAGGAGUGGCAGCACCUGAUCAAGGCCACUGAGCCCUCAGCCAUGCAGCUGAGCACACCGCUGAGCCUCCUGAGGGACCCGGCCCUCCGGCACCGUGUCCAGGCCUGUCUGGCAGACUGUACUCAGCAGGUGCUAGAAGGGAUGCUGGAGGGAGCCUCCCGUCUCCGUCCUGUGCUCCGUGUUGUGGACAACCUUCUGGCCACCCAGUGUGACUCUGAGCUUCUGGGCCACUUCUGCCAAGAACUGAAUUUGCCUCUGUCCCUGCUGUGUCUAGCCAAGCAGAUCCUGGAGAGUGGUAGCGCCAAGCAGCAGCCCUGGUGUAUCACGGUGCUGACAGACCUCCUCAUGGUGACCACAGUUUAUUUCAGCAGUGAAUGGAGCCUGGAGGCGGGUGGGCAAAAGGACAGCCUGCAGGCCUUCCAGGAGAGUGCCAGCUGCUUCCUAUCCCUGCUGCCAGAGCUGCUAGCUGUGCCAGCCGACAGUGAGAAAAGACUCUGCCAUCAAAGCCUCCUGUGCUUUACCUUGCUCUGUGAGAACCUGGAUAAGAUAUCCUCUUCCAUCUCUGCCUCCUUCUAUGUCGGCCUGCAAGAGGAACAUCAGCCCCUGCUGAACAGACUCCUUCAGGGAUCCAUCUCAAAUCAGCCUGCUCUGCGAGGUGCACCAAUGGAGGCCAACUCACCCCAAGACCAGAGACCAUGUGUGGCAGACAUCUUCAUGGCUGCAUUGGCUGCUGCCUGCAGCAUCCCUCUGGAGAGGAAUGGCUGUCGGGAAGCCAAGCAGCAGGUUGCUGAAGAGGUAGCUGGAAAGCUUAUGGAAGGAGAGAGCCAGCAACUUGAGAGACUCCUGGGGAGACUGGAGCACCCAAGCUGUUCCUUGAACGUGCUGAAGAUCCUCUAUGCUGGCUGCCAUGCCAGCCUAAGCCUGUGCAAGCACCUGGGAAGGAGCCAACAAUUGUGGGGUUCCCUCAUGCACCACUUGAAGGGCAAGGUCCCCAUGGCAGAUGUGGCCCAGGAGGCAGCCCGUGAGGCCUCUCUGUACCUGCUGGCCCUACUCACCCUGCAGCUCCAGGCCCCCCCUCCCAGGCUUGAGGAGGUGGUUACCCUGGCUGUGGAUCUCAUCACUCGGUUUCCUGUUGUAUCCCUUGUGGGUGCUGCAGCAUUCCUCCUGACACAGCUCAGUCAGCACGGGGUUGUCUUGGAGCUUGGAGGAGAAGAGAUCCUACCAGUGGUGACAAAUGCUCUGACAGUGCCUGCAGAGCUGCAGCUCCCCCUGCCAGUGGGUGCUGGUCUCUAUGAUGGGCUCUUUUUCCUCCUGCUGAAGCUCCUUGCCCAGGAGGAUGUAGCCAUGGAGCAGGGCUUUGCUGCCUCAGAGUUGUGGAGCGUGGUGUGGCAUCGUGUUGCUGCAGUGUGUUGUGCAGGCAGUGACAGGGAAGCACUGGAAGGAAACUCCCCAGGGGAAGGUCACCCUGUGGCAGAGCCAGACUGGAAUCUCCUCUCCCCUUCAGGCACCCUGCUCUUCCUCAGCUUGGCCCUCUUCGUCUUCACUCAUGAGUCCCACUGGUGCCUGCCUCAGCUCACCCAGCCCCAUGGUGUCCUCAUGGUGACGCUGAAGAGGCUGCUGUCCCCUGGCUUCCUGGCGUGCCUGGCACAGACGCAAGCAGGAGAGGAUGGGGACCCUGAGCUUGUCCCAGCUGUGGUGAUUCAGGCCUGCCAGCUCCUCUGUUUCCCUUUUGCCCUGGAUGUGGAUGGAGACACCUUAGCAUUGGUCAUAGAAGCUGUGAAAGACAGCCAGAUCCCUGCACAGCUACUGCAGGUCUGCUCUUACCAUCUUCCUCUCUCACACACCGAGCUCCCCAUGAGUCUUUUGUGCCACCUCGUUGUGUCUGAUGAGCAGAUCAUAGACCAAAUGGUGAGGGAAGCUGCUGCCUCAGAGCACAUCAUUGCCUUCUUGUCGUCUGCCUUGUUUUCAGACAACGUCAGGCUCACAACUGACCUCCUGUCUCUCUUGACCCAUGUGGCCCGGGCCUGUCCAGAACACCUGCCCUUUCUCCAGAAGAUCCUGAGGGGCUCGGAUGUGGCUGACCAGCCACUGACCCACUUGCUUGGCCACCAGCAACACCCGAUACGGGCCAAAACCUGCAACCUGCUGGGCAACCUCCUUCGAUAUGGCCAUGGCUUUCCCCAGGCACUGCAGAGCCAGCCCGGGUUGCUGGAGAGGCUGUUGGGGUGUCUGGAGGACCGGGAGGAGAGCGUGCGCCGGGCAGCCAGCUUUGCGGUGGCCAACGCUGCUUACCACGAGUCCUCCCCGGCCGGACCCCUGGGCCGGGCCGUGCCCAGGCUGACGCGGCUGCUGAGCGACAGGCAGGCCCGGACACGCUGCAACGCGGCCUCCGCCCUGGGUAACCUGUGCUGGCGCUCGGGCGAGUUAGGGGAGCUGCUGAUGGAGAGCAGGGCCCCCCACGUCCUGCUGGAGGUGGCCUGCGGGGAUCCCCGGGAGACCGUGCGGGAGGGAGCCCUGGCGGCGCUGCGGUCCCUCAGCCAGCACCCCGGGAUGCAGCAGGUCCUGCUGUCCCUCAGGGCUACCGAGAAGCUGGCCGCACUGGCCAGCAGAAGCGACUCGCAGCCUCCUGCUGCUGGCAGCCCCCGCCCCUUGUCUGCCCGGCACUGCGAGAAGCUCCUCCGCCUCCUCGCACCCCUGGGCAGCACCGGCAGCGCGGGAAAGGCUCCCGGGCCCCCCGAUCCCGGCAUCGCUGCCGCCCCCCACCGGCGCUGAGGGCUAACGCCGGGCUUCGUCCUUUGCCGUUCCUGAAAAAGUGCCUUUAGACCUCAAUAAAACGCUUCUUUGUGAGCAGCCCCCAGGCCGGGCCCGCCCGCCGGGCCCCGGGCAGUGUUACCGGGCAUCCCGGGGCUUUGCUCCCCUGUCCCGGAACAGCCCUGCGGCGGGCACCGGCA